CCAGUCCUCACAAACAGAAGAUUAAUCAAGAUGCAGUCCACCACUAUCUUCGUCCUGCUGUCCUGCAUUAUUGGAGCAACUCUGUCCAGUCCGAUGCCAAAGGAGGACAUGACCAUGCCAUCCACACCACCACCGCAGUAUCCUUUGAAUCUCCAGGGAGGAGGCGGUGGCCAGCGAGGCGAUGGCUUUGGAUUCAAUGUCGGAGGCAGCCAGAAUGUCUGGAGGAGCGAUAAUGGACGCCAUGAGGUCGAUGUGAAUGCCAGAUAUGGCCAGCACCUGGGCGGACCCUGGGGUAAUUCCCCGCCCAGCUACGAUAUUGGCACAGUUUAUCGCUACAGAUUCGGAGGUCAUUAAAUGCGAACUAAAUUAUAAACAAUCUUUAUG